UUUCUUUAUGCCAACAUUUGAAGCAAAACCAAAUCCUCUCAAUCGGCCAUUUCUGUACGGUCAUCUCCUUCCCCGAUUCCUCUCUCUUCUCUCUUGCCCUAACUUUCCCUUUCUUCAUUUCAUUUCAUCUCUGCAAAAUCCCCUUCUCUUCUCUUUCUUUUGGCCGUUUUUGAUUCAUUCUCGCAAUACCCAGUAAGGGUUUCUUUUGUUUUUCCUGUUCUUUUUGAGCUCUGUGAAGCUCUCAUCCAUUGCUUCCAUGGCUCUCACCCUUUAGUUUACUUCAAUCGAUUUAGAUCUGGGUUUGCUCGGAGCAUGCGCUGUUAUGUGUUGUUUUUGAGUUGAUUGCAUUCAUUUACUCUGAGUUACUUCUCUUUGAUUUCUGGCCAGAUCGCUGUUUAUAUGAAAUGGGUUUCGUUUUUUAGCUUGUUUUGAUUGUUCUUGAGCAAUUUUUGAACAUACCCAAAUGAUUUUCGUUCUUUAGAAGCUGUGAUUCUAGUCGGUUCUUGAAGUUUUUGCUGAGAAGUGAGCUUUUGUGGGGUUUCAAUCUGUGUUUAAGAGCUUUAUCUGGAAUGAUUGGGCGUAAAUCGAAUGUGGGUGGGCUGUUAAAUCCGCCAUGGAUGAGGAAGAAUUUCAAUUCUCAUUCAGGAAGGAUGUUUAGUGAUAGAAAAUGGAUUGUCCCCUUCUUUGCUAGUCUGUUCAUCUCAGUUACUCUGCUUCUAACAGCCGCUUUUGGGCUGUUUUUUCCUUCACAAAGUGAUGAGCCAUUGCCAUUUGAUGCUAUCUCCUUUGCAAAACAGGAGGAUUCUAGUGGCUAUUUCAUUGAGCCUGAACUGAGAAGUUCAUUAGAAGAAGCUAGUAGUGUUAUGAAAAUGGUACCCCCAAGAUUGGCCUAUCUGAUAUCAGGCACCAAGGGUGAUAGCCAUAGAAUGAUGAGGACCUUGCAGGCUGUAUAUCACCCAAGAAACCAAUAUGUUCUGCAUAUGGAUCUCGAGGCUCCGCCUCGUGAAAGAUUGGAACUUACGAAUCUUGUGAAGGCUGAUCCAACGUUCAAUGAGGUUGAGAAUGUGCGAGUUAUGGCUCAGUCCAAUUUGGUUACUUAUAAAGGUCCUACGAUGAUUGCUUGCACGCUUCAAGCGAUCGCGAUUUUGUUGAGGGAGAGUCGGGAUUGGGAUUGGUUUAUAAACUUGAGUGCUUCUGAUUAUCCAUUGAUGACACAAGAUGAUUUGCUUCAUGUGUUCUCGAACUUGACUCGAAAGUUCAAUUUUAUCGAGCAUUCGCCGAUGAUCGCUGGGUGGAAAUUGAGUCACCGUGCGAAACCGAUCAUCGUUGAUCCAGGUCUUUACUUGUCCAAAAAAUCUGAUCUUUCUUGGACGACUCAACGACGCUCGCUUCCCACGUCCUUCAAGUUGUUUACAGGUUCGGCAUGGGUAAUGCUGACACGAUCGUUCGUCGAGUAUUGCAUAUGGGGAUGGGAUAAUCUCCCAAGAACCAUCCUAAUGUACUACACAAAUUUUCUCUCAUCGCCCGAGGGCUACUUCCACACAGUAAUCUGCAACAACAACGACUUUCGCCACACCGCGGUUAGCCACGACCUCCAUUACAUUGCUUGGGACAAUCCUCCAAAGCAGCAUCCACUCUCUUUGACAAUGAAGGACUUCAAUAAAAUGGUGAAUAGCAGCGCCCCGUUCGCUCGAAAGUUCGCCAAGGACGAUCCAGUCUUGGACAAGAUAGAUAAGGAGUUGCUUGGCCGAACAAGCCGAUUUUCACCAGGGGCAUGGUGCAUUGGAAGCUCAGAAGGCGGUGCAGACCCGUGCUCGGUGCGUGGAAACGAUUCGGUGUUCGCCCCUGGCCCGGGCGCUGGUAGAUUGCAAGAGCUCCUUCACUCACUGUUGGCUGAAGAAAGCUUGAAAAAACAGUGUACAUGACACAAAUAGGUAAAAAAAAAAUCACAUUUUUACAUCUCAACAAGUGUAUAUUCAUUCGAUGCAUCCAUAGAAACAAAAUUUUGUUGUUCAUCAAUGAAAUAGAUCCCACGCUCGGUUGAGUCGAUCUAAACAUA